AUCUCUCUCUCUCUCUCUCUCUCUCUCUCUCGAGCAACAAUGGCUCUAUCCAAACCCACCUUCUUCACCCACCUCAAAACCCUAACCAAACUCCACCAUCAACACCACCCGCCGCCGUCCUUCAUCUCUCUCCGCCUCCUCUCUUUUGCCACCCCUGAAGAAGCCGCCGCCGAACGCCGCCGCCGCAAACGUCGCCUCCGCAUUGAACCCCCUCUCAACUCCCUCCGCCACCAACCCCAACAACAACAACAACCACGCUCUCCUCCAAACCCAAACGCCCCCAAAAUCCCCGAAAACGUCUCAGUCCUCACCGGAAACCGCCUCAAUCUCCACAACCGAAUCCUAACCCUAAUCCGCCAGAACGACCUUGACGAGGCCGCCCUCCUCACUCGCCACUCCAUCUACUCCAACUGCCGCCCCACCAUCUUCACCUGCAACUCCGUCAUGGCCGCCCUCCUCCGCCAGUCCCGCUACUCCGAACUCCUCUCCCUCCACCGCUUCAUCACCCAGGCCGGCGUCGCAGCCAACAUCGUCACCCACAACCUCCUUAUCAACGCUUACAUUGAUUGUCGCAAGACUGACACUGCUUUAGAACACUACAAACAGUUGAUUAAUGAUGCUCCCUUUAAUCCGUCGCCGACCACUUAUCGAAUCCUAAUCAAAGGCCUUGUUGAUAAUGGUAAGGUUGAGAGGGCAAUGGAGUUGAAGGAUGAGAUGUUAUCCAAGGGUUUUACAGCUGACCCAGUUGUUUAUAACUAUCUGAUGUUGGGUCAUGUUAAGAAUUCCAAUGCUGAUGGUGUUUUUGCUCUUUAUGAUGAAUUGAAGGAGAAAUUGGGUGGGUCUGUUGAGGAUGGGGUUGUGUAUGGGUGCUUGAUGAAAGGGUAUUUCUUGAGAGGAAUGGAGAAGGAGGCUAUGGAUUGCUAUGAGGAAGCAGUGGGGGAUGAUUCGAAGAUUAGGAUGACUGCGGUGGCAUUCAAUUCGGUUUUGGAUGCAUUGAGCAAGAAUGGGAAAUUUGACGAGGCAUUGAAGCUGUUUGAUAGAAUGAUGGCUGAGCAUAAUCCACCUAGGAAGCUAACUGUUAACUUGGGGAGCUUUAAUGUGAUGGUGGAUGGGUAUUGCGCCGAAGGGAGGUUUCAAACUGCAAUUGAGGUUUUCCAUAACAUGGGUGAGAAGAGAUGUAGGCCUGACACUUUGUCUUACAAUAAUUUGAUCGAUCAGUUGUGUAACAAUGGAAUGUUGGCCGAAGCAGAGGAGCUUUAUAAAGGGAUGAGUGAAAAAGAGGUGAGCCCGGAUGAGUUUACGUUUGUUUUAUUGAUGGAUCAUUGCUUUAAAGAGAAUCGUCCCGAUGAUGCUGCUGGGUAUUUCGGAACCAUGGUCGAUUCCAAACUGAGGCCAAACCUGGGGGUUUAUAAUAAGUUAAUCGAGGGACUUGUUAAAGUGGGGAAAGUUGAAGAGGCUAAAUCAUUUUAUGAUUUAAUGGUGGGGAAGCUUAAGAUGGAUGAUGCAAGCUAUGAAUAUAUGAUGAAGGCAUUGUUUGAGGUUGGGAAGGCCGAUGUGGUACUUGAAAUGGUUGGUGGAUUGCUGAGAGAAGAUGGGAUUGAAUUUAGUGCAGAGUUGCAAGAGUUUGUUAAAGGGGAAUUGAGCAAGGAAGGGAGGGAGGAGGAUUUGGUGAAGCUUAUGGAGGAGGUAGAGAGAGAGAAAGCUGAAGCCGCAGCUAAAGAGGCGGAGGCUGCAGAAAAAGCUAAGGCCAGUGCAAGAGCUGCUGUUUCUUCUUUGCUACCAUCUAAGUUGUUUGGGACUAAGGAAAGUGAGGAAAACUCGGCAGCUGCCACUGGAAAUGCUGAUGAGGCUACCUCUGUGAAUGAAGAGGUGAAAUUAGGGAAGGAAGAGAGUGUUCCUGAAACUCUUUUAGAGACUGGUACUGGUGGGGUAAUUCCGGAUGAAGAAGCAAUGAAAGGUUAGAACCUGGUGAGGUGGAGUCUAAAAGUGAUGAAGAAGCAAUGAAAUGAUCUUUUAUUGUCCUUUUCUUAAUUGAAAGGAUUUUAAAGUAUGAACCAAAUUUUAUGUAAUUAGAUGGAAAUGAUCAUCUUGAUUUGUUUACUUUAUCGUCUCUUGAUAUUUGAGGAGUUAGUGUGUUGAAGCUUUUCAAAUUUGUCAGAUUUCUUGCACAGCAUUAGAGCAUGUGUCACCUCGCACUAUGGAAGCAAGAACUGGAAUUUUAAUGUUAACGUGGUACUGAUACUUAAA